AUGCGAAACGACUAUGCAGACUUAAAGAAAGAAGCAGAAAAGCCAGCAGAAGAUAAAAUGGAUAUGUUGACAUUUCUUAAUAAAAACUAUCCAACAGCAGAAGAUUUCCUUCUAUCUGACGUCAAGAAGAAGUAUAAAGAAACUUUCGGUAUCGUUAAAACAUUCGAUGUACUGACAGAAGAAAUAGAAGCUACGAAAUUGUUUAGGAUUUCAAAUAUACAUCAUACAAUUCAUGUAAAACGCUUAUAA